UGGCGUCCGUCCGCAGCCCCGCGCAGUACGAUACGCGGUAUUGACUUGAUCGCACGUCUGCUAAGUCUAGUUCCACAAAUGAUUGUUUGAUAGACGGAACAAUUCGAGUGCAUAACAACGCUAAUAUCGACCCCAAAAACGAUGAUAGUGCAACCGGUAAAAGUUUCAAAUAAACUUCGACGUCGAAGUUUUUUUACAUUGUAUUUGAUACUUAUACUAGUGUAUGAUGGUAAUUAAAAACAAACUCGUGCCAUUAUUGAAAUGUGAAUUCAAGAUCGUGUUCAUAGAGAAGUAUUUUCGUGAAAUCGUUUACGAAGAAAAUGUGACUUAAUGGUUUACUUUCUCGAGAAGUCAAUACGUGAAUUUAAACAGUGUUCGAAAGUGAUAUCUGAGGACCUUUACUUUCCUUAUCAUAAGUUGAUCCAGUGUGCCAUUGAAAGACUGAGCUUUAUCGCGAUCGAUCUAAUUUUAGUUAAAAAAAAUUUAAAUUAGUCAUCGAUUACAUAGUUAGGCUUAAUUUUAGUUACAUAAGUGCAAUACCGGAAUAAUCCAAAGAGUGAUAACAUUUUUGACGAAAGUAAUUUUUCUAUCGCUUGAAUGUUUAAAUCGGGCUUAUUUAACCGUUCGAAAGGGACAAUGGGGGAAUCUAUUGAAGUGGAAGACAGUUUGGACUUGGAAUAUGACAUGUGGGAUGGACAAUUUGACUUCGUGGGCCCUCAGGGGCCGCCGCCGGUGACACGAGGUCGUAUCACCUCUGACAUAAGUAUCACUGAGGACUUGUUCACUGGGACACCCCUCACGCCACAUCUCACAAACGGGGUGAACGGAGGCAAGAAGACAGCUGCUCAUCAAUGGUGUGACAAUUUAUCUGACCAAGUACAACUGCUGCAGCAGCAGGUGACGUCGCUGGCCGACACUCAGAGCACUGCUGACGACCGCUACGCACGAGUCAAGGCUGACAAAGCUGUGCUUCAGGCCAGGGUACAUAUGCUGGAGGAACAGUUCAGAGAGAUGGAGAGCAGAUGCGAGGAACGUAUAGCGGAAGAACAGAGACGUCAUAGAGAAGCUAUCGCUCGAGUGGAAAGGGACAGAGACGCGCAGCUCGCGGCUUUGGCUGACCGUCUUGCUGCCGCCGAGAAUGAGGCGUCCGAUCUCAAACAAGAGGUAGGCCGUUUACGCGGUGUAGCAGAAACCCUCCGAGCUAACAGUGAGAUGGCCACACGAGCUCAGCGCGAAGCACAAGAGGCAGUUGGAGAAUUAACAGCAGCGCUGGCGUCCGCGCGGGAGGCGGAGCGGCGCGAGCGCGCGGCGUGCAUAGCGUUGCGGGCACAGCUGGCCGCCGCGCAGAGAGACCUGGACGCCCGCGACACCGCACCUCCACCACCAGAUCCUGACCCCAGGCUGGACGAGCUCAGGGAGGAGCUGGCGUUACUCCGCAACCAGAACAGAUCGCUGUGCGAGGCACAGGAGGAGCUGCAAGCGCAGCUGCUGACGCGCGGAGUGGAGGCGGGCCGCAGCCUGCUGCAUGCCAGCUCGCCGUUGCUGGAGCACUCCCUCGCACACGAGCUCUCCCAGAUGACUGACCACGAGCCCGUUGGUAGCACGCAAAGUGAACUCGGCAUAGAGUUGGAAAAGUUACAAAAAGCUUUAAAGGAACAGCAAGACGUGAACGUUCAACUGAGAGCCUACAUCGAUGGUAUUCUACUUUCGAUAGUCGAGAACUAUCCACAACUGCUUGAAGUCAAAUAUCAGAAACCAGAAGAGAAAUCAUAACAAAUAAUAUGCAUAAAAAUUCCCAACUUUUAUUAACUAUAUUAGACAUUUGAUAAUCUAUAGACCUAAUAUUACUGUGAUAAAAUUUAAAAAGUAAACUAUCAUUUUUGCGGGUUACUAUAUUCGAAAAAAUUUAACUCUUUAUUUUCAAAUUCAAUUUAUUCCAAUUAGAAUAUUACAAAUUCUGUUAAGUCGUCAUAUUUUACAUUUUUAUGCAAUAAUUUUUAAAUGUAAAUAGAAUUCUGCAUUAUAUUCAAUAAAAUAAUAUAUAUUAAAAGUAUAUAAAAUAUUAAGUGCCUAACAAACCAGAAUAUAGGCAAUAGAUAGAUAAAACAUUUACAAUAUAACUAAAUGUAAAUAUUGCUUUAAGUAAUGUUUGUAUAAACAAGCAAAUAUUAAUUCUGUUCCUCAUUAUCUCAAAACUUUUAUGUAUUUAAGAUUUGUAAUAAGAACUUGUAUAGUAUUGGCAGAUUAAAUUGUAUACUAAAUACUUUAAAACUACAAGGAAACUUAUUCCCAAAAGCCUAAAAUAAUUUCUUUCCAAAGACAUUAUGGGCAUUUUGCCCAUAAAUGUCAUUAUGAAGUUAAAAAUAUAUGUUCUUCCCUAUUUAUAAUAAAUAUUUUAACAUUUAAAAUAGCGUGUAGACUUUAAUAAAGUGUGCAAUAUUAAUCUGUCCUUAAAUAUGAAAUGUAUACAAGAUCUGAACAAAUUACAAAAAUUAUAAAUAAAUAAAUUAUAAGGCCAGGCCGUCCAUAAAGUUUUAUAGCUACUUAAAGCAAUUUUAAUGAAAGACUGGGAGCGUAUUGCCUGGGAGACCCUUAAAUUAAGAUUGCUAUGAUAAAUAUAUUGUAAAUGAUAAUAAUUUAUAUCAAGCCAUUAUAUCGUAUAUUCAAAAGUUAUGUUGAAUAUCUCAUAAUGUAAUCUGUUCACAAUACCUCGAUAUAUUAUUAUAAAUGAAAAUAGCUCUAAUUUAGAUUUUUGAGACUAAUAACAUUAAUAUAAAACAACCACAUGAAACAAACAUGGAUUCAAAUUAAAAAAAAGUUUUAAUCUGUGGUUGCGCAUUAAAUUUGACAGCUGACAUGACAUGUCUUUGUCGAAUCAAUAUGUUUCGUGCAAAUAGUAAUAUGUUGUAAUUACAAUAAAUAUCAAGGUAUAGUGAACGAAAUCUAGAAAUAUAUGUUAUAGUACCUUUUAAAUAAUUUUUAUUAAUAUAGAAGAGAUUGUGUAAUUAUAUUUUUUACGUCGAAAUAUUUAUGAAAUAAGUUAGCAUGUAUUCACAAUUUAGCAUUUGCGUUACAACAACGCGAAUGCAAUCAAUAUUAAUCCUUAACAAACGUCGAAUGUGAAUUAAAUGAAUGAGAAAUAAUACUUUUAAAA